GUCCCACAGCGCAGGCGAGCGGCGCCCCCCCCGUCCCCGGCUGCGGCUCCCGUGGUUCCGAUGCCGCCUCUCUGAUCGGUCCUUCCCGUCACGGCGCCGCCGCGCUGCCGCCAGGGGGCGCCCCGGGGCGGGGCCCCGCCACCACCCCCGCGCGGCAGCUCGCGGCUCCCUUCCCGGCGGCAGCGAGGAUGCUGCGCCCGCUGCUCCUGCUGUCAGCGCUGCUCGGGGCGCUGCUGGCCUUCAACCUGGACGAGGAGAAGCGCACGGUGUACAGCGGCCCCCCGGGCAGCUACUUCGGCUACUCGGUGGAAUUCUACAUCCCCGACCCCAGCACGGUCAGCGUCCUGGUGGGAGCCCCCAAAGCCAACACCACGCAGCCGGACAUCGUGGAAGGAGGAGCGGUGUACUAUUGCGGCUGGCCCGGCACCCGCUGCAGGCAGAUCCCCUUCGACAGCACCAAUAACAGGAAAAUUAAAGUCAAUGGCACCAGGGAACCUAUUGAAUUUAAGACAAAUCAAUGGUUUGGAGCAACAGUCAAAGCUCAUAAAGAAAAAGUUGUGGCUUGUGCUCCCUUGUAUCAUUGGCGAACCCUUAAAGAUAGCCCUGAGAAGGAUCCUGUUGGCACCUGCUAUGUAGCAAUUCAGAACUUCAGUGCCUAUGCUGAAUAUUCACCCUGUCGCAACAGCAAUGCAGAUCCUGAAGGACAAGGCUUUUGUCAAGCAGGUUUCAGCUUAGACUUCUACAAGAAUGGUGACCUGAUAGUAGGCGGGCCUGGUAGUUUUUAUUGGCAAGGUCAGGUAAUCACUGCAAGUAUUGCGGAUAUCAUUGCAAAUUAUUCCUUCAAGGAUAUUCUAAGGAAAUUGGCGCGAGAGAAGCAAACAGGAGUGGCACCACCCUCAUAUGACGACAAUUACAUGGGAUACUCGGUGGCUGCUGGAGAAUUUACCGGAGAUUCUGAACAAGAGUUGGUUGCUGGAGUCCCAAGGGGAGCACAGAACUUUGGCUAUGUCUCAAUUAUUAAUUCUUCAGACUUGACCUUCAUCCAGAACUUCACUGGUGAACAGAUGGCGUCUUAUUUUGGGUACACUGUUGCAGUAUCUGAUGUUAACAAUGAUGGUUUAGAUGAUAUCUUAGUUGGUGCCCCUCUUUUUAUGGAACGAGAAUUUGAGAGCAAGCCUAAAGAAGUUGGGCAAGUUUAUCUAUACCUGCAAGAAAGUGCUUUCCUCUUCCAAGAUGCACAAAUUCUGACAGGCACUGAAGUGUUUGGUAGAUUUGGCAGUGCAAUCACACACCUUGGAGAUCUCAAUCAAGAUGGAUAUAAUGACAUUGCUAUUGGUGCACCAUUUGCAGGAGAAGACAGAAGAGGGAAAGUGUUUAUUUACAAUGGAUACAGUAAUGGGUUAAAUACUAAUCCUUCCCAGGUUCUCAAUGGAGCCUGGGCCUCACAGUCCAUGCCUUCAGGAUUUGGCUUCACUCUAAAAGGAGACUCAGAUGUAGACAAAAAUGAUUACCCAGAUUUAAUUGUAGGUGCAUUUGGAGCUGGAAAAGCAGUGGUUUACAGAGCCAGACCUGUUGUGACAGUGGAUGCUCAGCUCAUUCUGAACCCCAGGAUUGUGAAUCUGGACAAUAAAACUUGUGAGCUCCCUGGCUCUCAGCUUUUGGUGGCCUGCUUUACUAUAAGAGUCUGCGCAGACUUUGAAGGUCAAAGUAUUUCAGAUGAGAUAGUGCUGAAAGGUGAAUUGCAGUUAGAUUCAUUGAAACAGAAAGGAGCUGUUAAGAGGACCCUCUUCUUUGAUUACCAUCAGUCACAUCAUUAUUUCUCCCUUGUGAUAGAGAGACAGAAACAGCUCCAUUGCCAGGACUUUCUUGUUUAUCUCAGAGAUGAAACAGAAUUUAGAGAUAAAUUAUCUCCCAUCAAUGUAAACUUGAAUUAUAGUUUGGACGAAUCCAGUUUUGAAGACAGCUUGACUGUGAAGCCAAUACUGAACUAUUACCAGAAAAGCUCAGUAACAGAACAGGCUUACAUUCUGGUUGACUGCGGGGAGGACAACUUGUGCAUUCCUGACUUGCAGCUUUCUGCUAUACCAGAUAAAGAUCCACUAAUAAUCGGAGAAGAAAACUGUGUCAUGCUCAUAAUAAAUCCAAGAAAUGAUGGGGAAGGAGCCUAUGAAGCUGAGCUACAUAUAAAGAUUCCACCUGAAGCAGAUUACACUGGGGUUGAACGCAACAACAAGGCACUGCGUGUAUUGAGCUGUGAUUACAAGAUGGAAAAUGAAACUAGAAUGGUGGUGUGUGAUCUUGGAAACCCCAUGGUGGCUGGCGCAAACUUCUCUACAGGCAUUCGAUUUUCUGUUCAGCAUUUUGAAAAUGCAGAUUUCAGCAUCAAUUUUGAGCUGCAAAUAAAAAGUUCUAACAAGAUUAAUCCCACAAGCAAUUUAGUUAACCUCCAUAUCAACAUCAGUGCUCUGGCUCAAGUACAGAUCAGAGGGGUGUCUCACCCUCCAACAAUUAUUUUGCCACUUCACAACUGGGAACCAAAAGAUGAACCUACAAAAGAAGAAGAAGUUGGUCCUUUAGUAGAACACAUCUAUGAGCUGCACAAUAUAGGACCAAGUGCCAUCAACAAUACAGUUCUCCAUGUCGGUUGGCCUGUGUCCAGUCAAGAAGAGUUUCUUCUUUACAUUCUUCAUAUUCAGACACAUGGACCAUUGCACUGUCAAACGAGCUCUCCUAUUAAUACAAUGCAGAUAAAGUUUGCUGUUCCAGAAGACAGUCCUGAACUUGCUGCUUUUUUAUAUAAUACCACAAUUUCUCAUUACAUCAGGAGAAGGGAUGUUCCAGUGGCAGAACUUCACAGGAAGAACAUUGCAAAAAUAUUGAACUGUACAAAUGUGAAGUGUGUCCUAAUUUCUUGCACUGUGGGACAGCUGGAAAGAGGGAAGAGUGCAGCACUGAAGAUCAGAUCCCGGCUGUGGGCCCAAACAUUCCUGGAGAGAAAGAAUGAUCUCUACACACUUUCCUCCAAUGUGUCCUUCGAAGUUAAGAGCAUGCCAUAUAAAGUGCAACCAGCAAAACUUCCCGAGGGAAGCAUAACAAUCAGAACAUCAGUCAUUUGGUCCACUCCGAAUGUCUCCUUUGUAAUCCCUUUAUGGGUUAUAAUAUUAGCAAUACUUCUUGGACUACUGGUACUAGCUUUGUUGACCCUAGCAUUAUGGAAGUGUGGCUUCUUUGACAGGGCCAGACCUCCCCAGGAUGACAUGGCUGACAGGGAACAACUAACAAAUAACAAGACUACUGAUGCAUAGAGGAAGAGAGUGACAGUUUAAGUCAGAAACCUGCCUGAGACCAGAAACACGAUGAGGAUCGAAAGAAGGAUUCCUUCCAUCUGUCUUUCUUUGUACCUACAAGUGAUAUGGUGUCACAAUCUGAUCUAUGCAAUGUUCUGAGAACAUGCCACAUGAUGGCCAUCCUUGCCAAAGAAAGCAGCUUCAUCACUGCCUUACAAACAUACCACCGAACAGAGUGUUUAUCCCAUAUUCCAGUCAGUCUACAUUUCAGCAGAUGCUUUUGAACAUGUGUGGUGUACUGAGACACUUCCAAAACAAGCUCAAAUUUCCCAAGAAGAGAAUGCCUGCGUUACUAUACAUCUAGAAGAUGGACUAGGACAAAACUUCUGAAAGCUACUGUAUCAUGCAGAAUACCUUUGCCACCUCCCUAAGAAUAAGAACUUUUGUGAAAUUAUGGCUCAGGGAGACAAGCAAUAUAUCAGUACUAUGGAAGUACUUCUGAAAAGCAAAGGUAGUCUGUAAAGAACUUUAUAUAUGGGGCACAAUUAUUUAUUUUUCCAGCUUUUCAGGAUAAGUAUCUGAUAUAAUCAACAACUUAGAUUUUGAGAGAAAAAAAGUAAAAAAAUAGAAAUCAUGUACUUACCUUGCAUGUAAAUAGAAAAGUAAACCUAUUGUACACGCAGAACAUAUCUUUCUUGGCCACAAGGUGUUUUGCAAAGCAGAAAAUUUAUGCAACAUUUUACAAGAUGAGACAUGUAACAAACAAGUACCUGUUGUAUCUUCAACCAGAGCUGGCAGUGUAGCACCCACAGAGCUAAAUCCAUGCACAGCAUAGAACAGGAGAUGAGUUACCCUCUUCUUGCAUUGCUGAUGGCUGACCCCUGCACAACUGACACAGGAUACAGUUAUUUGUGAAACACUGAUAUAAAUUAUCACAGCCACACUGGUGAUAUUUAGAAGGCUUGGGGGUUUUGAGCUAGAGUAAGUUUUGUUUGUCACUGCCCUGUUACUUUAUUGAAAUGGCCUUUUAAAAUUGAAUGGCCACUUCCAUUGUAUCUUCUGUUUAAUUUGUGUCAUAGACCCUAACACUGUUGACCCAAAGAAAUGUUUGCCUUUUUUUUACUUUACAGUCUACAAGCUGGCAGCAUAUUUAAAGUGUUUAUUUUAGCAAAGUUUGGGGCUGAAUAUAAUUAUUUCUUAAGCAAAGUCUUGCAGGGAAGGUGGGCAGAAUUUGUUUAUAUGCAGAAAAAUAUGAUGCCAGCCAUCCAAGCAUGAACAAAAAGAAGGAAAGAUAUACUGAGGUAAAAGUGAAAAUAUACAUUUAGGAUUUUUUUUUCCUGGGUUGGGGAUUCUGAAGAGAGGGUUCAUUCAUGCCCUUCUGUCAGCAAAUGGUUCUUAUCCAGCACGGGGUCUACGCUCUGGUCUGUGCAAAUCUGUGCCUGAAAGCUUGAGUCUUCCAGUGCUGCCUGCAAGUAUGAAAUUACACAAUAUGUGUAAACUGCAGGAGGGAUUGUUCAUUUUCUGAAACAUACUUCAUACUUCCCUUCUCCUGAGCUCCUCUUCUUUCCAAGCCAUCUCACCUUCCUAAUUGGUAAAUGGUCUCUUCCAUUCUGCCACUUCUUGGCUCCUUUUAGAUAACUGCCCUUCUGCUUUGUAAGACUUCGGGACAGGGCUAGCCACAGGACAGGAGAUUUUACAGUUUCACCGUUUCUUGCACACCAACUGACCUGCAAAAUCCAAGCAGGAGCCAGGAAACCUGAGCAAGUGUCUUCCAUCUUCAUAUCUAAGGCAAAUUUGCAAGAAGACCUUCAUGGAGUCUUUAUCUUAUCAGAUGAAGUGUGCCUAGGAGACUUAAUGAGAGGAGGAGACAGAUGCCUUGGAAAAUGGAGGUGCUUCAUCUCUGUUUUCUGAGGAUGGGGAGGUCUGACCACUUCUCGGUCCCCCAGAAAACCAUUAACAGACCCCUUCCCCCAAAUGGGUUUGAGCUGGAGCUUUGUAGAUAUCAGCUGAUAAAUACCACCACGAAGCAAGCCUUUCUCAUAUUUGCACAACUCCUUAUCCCGUACAGUGCAGGUAAAAAUCAUCUUCCUGUGAAAAUGAGAGCGUGCCUCUAGCUUUUGUAAAUACUGAAUUGUUGCAUGUAGCAGCUUCUGAAAUAAGGGCAGCUAGCUCAUUAUAGUCACAUCAUCUGCACAACUCUGAUAAAAUCACACCAUAAGGAGAUACUGAACAUAGGAUUUUUGUAUGUGCAAUAUUUUAUAUUACUUAUAUACCUGAAGCAUGUUUACACUGGCAUUUGUGGUUGUUUUUAAACUUUUGAAUAUACUGAUUAAUGAAUACAAUAAAGAGGAAAAAAAGAAUAGGAAAAAAAAAACUGAAAACAACACAGCUCCGUUCAGUAUUUAUUGCAAUCUGUUUUCAAUCCUGCAUUGCUCUGAGGAUGAGACUAGGUGACUUAAUAAGUUCUUUGCAGUUGUAACAUCUACGGUUCACUUUUGUGCAAUUACUCUCCAUUUUAAUGAUAGGCAAAACAUUCAGUUCAGAUACUAAAUUUAAACCAAAAAGAACCUCAGUGACUGCUGGACCUGGCUGGGAUCCAUUGGCUGCAGCUGUGUAAUGUCACUGGAAACCAAAUUAGAGGCACAUGAUCUGACAAACAGUUACUUUGAGCAAUACUUUGUUUUGUAUUUCUACAUCUUUGUAGAUUAAACUUCCCCCAUGGAAAUGUCUGGAGCCGUGUGCUGUCAAGGACUGUAGUCGUGGGUCCCAGCAUUUGUGGAUAGCCUUGGCUGCAAAUUGCAGACAGCUUUGCAAGGGAGAUUUCUGGGUUUCAGUGCUUGCCAAGAGUGUUUAUCUCCUGGGGACAUUGCAUCCUGGAUGUGGACACUAGCAGGCAGUUGACACAAUCUUUCCUCCCAGCAUAUUAGUAAUGUGCUGUACAAUAACCUCCGCUACAUCCCUACAUGACUGAACUUUUGUUUCCGUGGUGUCAGCCUUGUAAUGAGUUACUAAAUGCAGCUUUCUGUAAAAGUAAUUCAGCCUUACACUUCCAAAUAUAUGCAGUGAGCUGCUAAUUGCUGAGAAUACAGGAGCAGUCCAGAGAGCAGAAAAAGCAGGAGGCUACUUUAUAAAUUAAAGCCUUUUAAAACUGUUAUUGCUAUGACCACCACAGAGAUCUAGUAAACAGACAUCCAUCUUCUAUUUCACAUGCCUCUUGCUGAGUUUGAGAAAGGCUGUCCAGUUUUUCUCAUCCAUGUAGCAGACUUUGUAAGAGUAUCAAGUGUCAAACAACACUUUCUGUUUUAUGAAAAUCUCAGAAUUUACAUAAUAGGGAGCAGUACUUUUGAAUAUGUUGUUUCCUAUGGAUUUAAUCUUUAAAGGUAUUUAGCAAAUACACUUUUCAUUAACCACCAGGCUGUUAAUAAGAAUUAUUUUUUGUCACCAUUCUGUAACUCAUUUACAAGUUUUAAUGUAUUCUGCAACUUUUUUCCCCAGACAGCUUUUGCAGUUUUUCCAUGUUAGACGUGUCUUGAAAAUGGCACUGAUUUUCUCUACCUUUUAGCUGUGAUUUUUUCAUCCAUUAGAAAGAAGGAUCUACUGGCAGGCACAGCGUACAUUACCAGAAAAGCCUUUUGGGAACUGACAGAACACCUAGAAAUAUGCAAGGAAAAGAAAGUCCCAACGGGCCAUGGCCUAUGGUAUUCCACUACAUCGUAGCAAAUUUUUUUAAUUAAAUACCAUCUGACACACUGCCUUUAGGAAUUGUUUAUGAGUGAGUGUUUUAUUUGUGAUUGUUGGCAAAGAUCCAUAUUAAAAUGUAGUGUAAUGGUAGUUUCUCUUUGACAAUAAAACGUCUCGAAUUUAGCUUAUGUAGGCGCCAUGAUGUGACACAGCAGGAAUGCUUUUAAUAUUGAAGGACUGUUCUUGUUUUGCCUGUAUGUUGUAUUUGAGGGGCACUUAGCUAUUCAAGAUGCUACCCCACUGUAGGCAGUGAUUUUUAGAAAAGAAGAAUGGAAGUAAUUGUUCGACUCACUUUUCAGAUGUUUUCAUUUGUUUUCAUCAUGUUGCUCUACUUAACUGAUG